AAGCCCAAGCGGGAAACAAGCCCAAGUAGGGUUUUAAAGAAUAUAAAGAUUAAAGAGGAGGUGUGCUGAGACAGGUAGGGUUUCGAGUUACAGCCGCACCUUGAUUCAGAGCAGAGCGACCUUGAAGAGCUAUGGCUGUCGGAAAGAAUAAGAGGAUUUCCAAGGGAAAGAAGGGUGGCAAGAAGAAAGCCGCUGAUCCCUUUGCCAAGAAGGACUGGUACGAUAUCAAGGCCCCUUCCGUCUUUCAGGUCAAGAAUGUUGGCAAAACCCUCGUCUCUCGUACCCAGGGAACCAAGAUUGCUUCUGAAGGACUCAAACAUAGAGUGUUUGAGGUCUCAUUGGCUGAUCUCCAAGGAGAUGAAGACCAUGCCUUCAAGAAGAUUCGUUUGAGAGCUGAGGAUGUUCAAGGGAAAAAUGUUCUGACAAACUUUUGGGGAAUGGAUUUCACAACUGAUAAGUUGAGGUCCUUGGUGCGGAAAUGGCAAACUUUAAUUGAAGCUCAUGUGGAUGUCAAGACCACUGAUAAUUAUACGUUGAGGAUGUUCUGCAUUGGCUUUACCAAGAGGCGUAGUAAUCAGGUGAAGAGGACCUGUUAUGCACAAUCAAGCCAAGUCAGACAGAUUCGCAGGAAGAUGAGAGAGAUAAUGGUAAACCAGGCAGCUGCCUGUGAUUUGAAAGAAUUGGUGCGCAAGUUCAUCCCUGAAAUGAUUGGAAAGGAGAUUGAGAAGGCAACAUCUAGCAUAUAUCCUCUACAGAAUGUGUUUAUUCGUAAAGUUAAGAUUCUUAAAGCUCCAAAGUUUGAUCUAGGAAAACUGAUGGAGGUUCAUGGUGAUUACUCAGAAGAUGUUGGUGCCAAGGUGGAUAGACCUGCUGAUGAAACCUUGGCUGAGGAAGCAACUGAAGUAGUUGGAGCUUGAUCCGGCUGAUAAUGCAUUUUUGUUUGUUUAGAAUUCCUGUUGCUUUUACAAAUAUUUAUUUUUCAGUUUUGUUUUGACAUUUAGAAACACAUUUGUUUUUGCAAAUCUAAAUCUGUUUUUUUGGCAAAGGUUUAUUGGUACAACCCAAUAACCAAGAACGGUAUGAAAGGCGUAAUUUUCUUAUUGGCUUGGUA